GGGUGCAUGUAUAUAUUGGCAUUUAUACAAAUACAUUAUAUAAGCAAGUGUAUAUAUAAUAUAUACAUUUCUAGGAUUUGGAGAUAACUUUGGUGAAGGGGAUGGAAAUCAUAUCCCUAUUCACCAAACCUUAAGAAAAUUUAGAUUAUCUCAAACAAUCUUUCUCUUGUCUUCAAUUUCCAAUAGUUUAAUCUAUCCCGGCCUAUUCAUUUUUCUGCCGGUUGAAAUUCCGUUUCAUUUUCCGGCCGGUUGAAAUUCCGUUAAAAUAUGAAUCAAAAGGAAGCCGAGGUUAAAGAAGAUGGGGAAAGUUCUCUCGCGACGUCGCCUCCGGUCACGACGGCGCUGCCAAUUUACGAUCCUAACAUGACCACCUUUUGGCCGCCGUCACCGCCGCCGCCGCAGCCACCGUAUUAUUACCCGCCAAUGCCGAUGGCUCCACCGCCGGGCCCGUACUAUUUCCCGCCAUUCCCGCCGCCGUUUUACAACCAGCCGGCGAUGGGAAUGGGUGGCUACGAUCCGUACAAUGCUGACCGUUCACUAACGCCGUUAACGAAUGCCUGGUCCACACAACUUUGUGAUUGUUUCUCCGACAUCAAAAUUAGCUUCAUAACAAUUUUCCUGCCAUGUGUGACGUUCGGCAGAAUUGCUGAGUUUAUAAACGAAGGACAUACAACAUGGUGGGAACAUGCACUGAUGUUUGCGUUUUGUCACGUUCUAACGUUGUCCCAAGGAUCCUCUAUCUACUCAUGCUAUUAUCGGACUAAAAUGAGGAACAAGUAUGCAUUGAAUGGCAACAUCUUCAUGGAUUUUCUCUUACAUUUAUUCUGCAUGAGACUGUCGCUCUGCCAGCAGUAUCGUCAGCUUGAUCGCAUGGGAUUCGACGUUGGCUUAGGAUGGCAUGGAUAUAUGGAGAAACAGAGAAUAAAUGCAACGGAAGCUGCAAUUCAGUUUAUGCCCCCAAGGAUGGAUUAUGGGAUGUAUAGAUAAGAAGAAAAAUACUUAGAAAUAUUUAAAUGGGAUUAAUUUUCUUUAAUGUAAUGUUUUGGUAAUUAGUCAAUCAAAUCGUUAAGUCAACCAAGCAUCUUGUGCUCAGAUGGCAUCCGGGUUGGACUCUCAUAUGGGAGGUUGUGAGUUCGAGUUUUA